CCCGCCGGGGCAGCCCCGCGAGGCCCCCGGGCGCCGCGGUCGCCAUGGAGAUGGGGUCGCGGUGAGCGCCGCCGUGGGCAGGGUACCCGGGCCGGUACCGCCGCUGGGAGCUUAAUGAAGGAGCUCAGCAAAGCACCGUCAUUAAGGUCAAUGCCAGUGGCUGAAUUGAGACGGUCUGCAGGCGCUGUGUCAGUGCUAAAAUGCAGUGAGAGGCCUCGCUGCUCGUCGUGUUCCUAAGUGCCCCAGACAGCGGUUUCCUUCUCACUUCCAAGUCAACAUAAACCUGGGCAGAGCGCGCUGCUUUGGCACUGGCAUCUGCUGAGCGAGUACGUGGCUAUAACAGGAGAUAUAUAGGAGGAGCAAACCAACAGGCUUUAGAGAAACAUUCCAGCUGUGAGUUAUCUUAACAGACGUUAAUAUCUUGAGUUAAUUCUCCCCUGGACAGAAGUUGUUCAUGAAACAGAGGAAAAGCUAUUGCAUCCUCCUUUGUUUCCAACAAGAACACAGACACUAAAGAAAUGGAGGAAUUCACUCGGAUGGAAGCUCUGCUGUUUACUGCUGUGCUGGAGAACUGCAUUGAUCAGCUCUCGAUUCUCGGAUAUAUCAUGCCUGCUUCACACGAGGGCAAGGCAGACAUCAGCCAUAUACUGGGGCAAGAAGACAGGGGCUCAGCUGCAGAAGUUUUGGAAAAAGCUUCCUUACAAGAACGACACGCUGGUACUGACUGGAGGACCAACAGCCAGAAAAUGAAAGAAAUCACAGACAUCCAGAAUGAGCUGGACAUUAAGCAUCAAGAGCUUACCUCUGCAAGGCAAGGGAGUGGGGAAACUGUUACCUUGAAGUCUCUGAAAAGCACUGAACAUACGCAGCAGCUGGGGAAUUCUGAGGAUCCAAAAAGAGCCCAUCACUUUUCCAAAAGGGCCGCGAAACACAGUGCUCUGCCUGCAGAUGUUCUCAGAAAAAUCCAGGCUGACAGGCAGUAUGUGAGCGAUGUAAUUACAGCCACUGUGAAGAAGAUGGAGGAAUCAGGAACAUUUGAUAGCCUAACAGAAGCUAAUGGGAGAGAGAAGGCAAAAAAAAGCAACUUCAGUGACAUCCUCAUCAGGGAGGAGGAAGGAAAGAAGGAGAUAAAGUCACUCCAGAAACAGCUGCAAGAUGUCAAGAAAGAAACUGAAAUAGAACUUCAGAACCGAGAUAACGUGAUUCUCUACCUCAAAAAUGAGCUUCAACAGCUGGAAGCCAAAGCAGCCAUGGAGCACCGCUACGUGAAGAAAAGCACAGACCUCCAGGUGCACCAAGCCCAGAAGAAGUGCAGCAACGCAGAGAACAGACUGAGCAAGGAAAUCGAGGAUUUGAAGAGGAAAAUAGAUGAGGAGAUCCGAGUCCACAUGGAGAUUGAAAAUUUCCUCAGGCAUUACUACAAGAAGGUGGAAGAGAAGCUGGAAUACUGGGUGGACAAGUAUGAAAAUGACACGGAUGCUAAAGAUGAAGAACUCAACGCCCUAAAAGAAUCAAAGGCAAAGAACUUGGAAAUGCUGCAGAGAUUCGCCAGUGAGUGCUGGACAUUCGAGGAAACCAUCAUCGCUGACCGGGCACAAAAAGAGGCUGAGAGACGAAAACGAGAGCGGGAUGCCCUGGAGCUGAAGAGCAUCCUGAAGCUGCAGGCCUGGUGGAGAGGUACAAUGGUCCGCAGAAACCUCGGCCCCUACCAGAACCUCCGGAAGGCUCAAGAGAAGAAUCUGUUAAAGCAGAAAGACAAAAAGGGAAAACCUGGAGCAAAGAAAAAGACGCGCUAAGAAACCUGGCCGCAGAUGUACUCCAGGGCUGCUGCUGGACCGGCCACCAAAGCUCCCCCCACUUCACAAGGGGGAGAAUCCAAUCCCCGCUGUUCUGACCCGAUCACCUCAAUGCUACGGGGGAUUCCUUAGUGCCAGUGCCACUUGAUUUGGGGUGUGUCACGUUGCGGAGC